AUGGACCUAAUGGCCGAAUUCGUACUGUCCUCACUGCACUCGGAAGGCCAGUCAAGGAGGGACAGACGGUGGCUGCGGUGCCAAUAUCACGCUACCAUCACUGUCGCCGACGUAUUCAGUCAGCUGGCACAAGGGAUAUCCGCACAGGUCGAUGAGGCUGUCCUCGACGGUUCAUUCUCUUUGGAUCCUAUCGACGUUCUUGGAGUUCCGCAGACCUAUGAUUACUUCGACAUUCCGGACCUCUUCUUCUUUGAGGAUCUUUGUCCGGAGUCCACCUCCGAGGUCAUUGUCUCCGGAAUAUCACCUACGCACAUGGGAGCCUUAGAAGCGACAGCAGCUCCGCCGGAGAAAGGCAACAUGACUUCACCUCAACACAUUUCUGAAGCCGACACGCACUAUUCUGAGCCCUAUUCUCCCCUGCUGUCUCCCGGUCUCAUCGAUGCAGUAUCCGUCCCCGCAUACUAUCCACAGGAUGUGCACUACGCUUACGAUCCUGUUUCUUUUGCCCCGCUGACUUGUCCACACGAUGUUAACCCUUUCUUCUACAUCGGCGUCACCUUUGCGUUCGUCUUCUUCUCGCUCGCCUCCGCGCGUGCACAUGCGGCGGAAGUCCCCCUACACGCGCGAUCAUCCCCGAAGACCAACUAUUCCUUCCACCAACUCGAGGCGAUGAUCGCAAAGGGCUCGUGCCGGUGUCCGGUCGAUGAUCGUUCAUUCACGCCGGCGAGUGAAAAGCGACACGAUCUGUUGCGCCACAUCAAGACGCAUUGCGAGGACAAGGGCGAAGUGUGGGUGUGUUGCGGUUCGGCGCAGUCUUGUCGCGUCGCUGGCACGUGCAAGCCAUUCGAGUACGGGGGCCAGAUGAGAGUGGGUGGUGGGUGUCUGCUGUCGUUCAGUCAGCAAGAUGCUCUGGGGCGCCAUGUGAGGGACAGCAAGAAUACAGAAGAAGACACGGAAGACGCCCUACUCUCGCGAUCCGCCAAGUUCUCGACGGCGGACAUCCCACUCAUCAUCAUCAUCCCCGUCCUCGAGCACCGACUCGAAGUCAGUGUCGCCCAGCGGUAA